AUGCCCUCGGAAGAGGCCACCGAUGAGCUCGUCGCUCUUUCAUCCAUCCUCGGUCCUGACCUGUGGGUCGACAGCGAGUCGGCAGGGAGGAUCGUGAUCGCCGUGACGCCAGAGGUGGUCGACGACAAAGAAGUGGUUGGCGCGAUCGCGAUGGAAGUCAGCCUUCCUUCUUCGUAUCCGUCCAGCGCCGCCCCCAUCAUAACGUGCUCGAGCCUCGCGCAGCACGCCGACCUCUUUGAGCACCGGUCCGCUCCCAAAGGAGGGUUCUUCGCACCGUCAGCGGAGCAGGCGAAAGCGCUCGCCGCUUCGGUGGCGGCGGCUGUGGAUGGCGGCCAUGGCGACGUGGUCGUCUUUGACGCCGUGGCGGCAGCGCGCGAGUGGCUCGCGACCAACGCAGCGUCCAAAGCCUCCGACGCCGACGAUAUCUGCGCGAGACUCGCAGACGCAGAGGUAUCGGAGAACGACCUCGAGCUGGACGAGUCUGAUAUGGACGAGGAGCUCAUCGAGGCGUUGUUGGAGGUCCUUCCCGGCGACAAGCGGCUCCAGGCGGCGGCUCGGCUGCCGUCGGGGAGUGCGCGGCAGCGCGAGGCGAUCAAGGCCGUCUGGCUCAGCCUCACCCCGCAGCAGCGGCGACAGAUGGUGGCCGAUAGCGACUCGGACGGUGAUUUUGAGGACCUGGACGAGGAGAGCGAGGAGAGCGAGGAGGAGCAUGCACCCGUCAAGAGGAGCAGCGGCGGCGGCGGCGGCAAGCGCAAGGCGCCGUCGCUCAUGCCGCCGCCCCCCGCGCAGCGCGCCUGCCAUCGCGGCCAUCGCCUGACGCCAGUCAACAGCAAGCCGCGCGACUACCGCCACCUGGCCGCGGGCGUGGGACACUGCGACCUGUGCGGCAUCGACUUUGAGUACACUCGCGGCGGGUACCACUGCGACGCCUGCCGAGACUGGGACUGCUGCGUGGCGUGUGGGAGCCAGGGCGCGUCGCAGGGGAAGGCGGCCAAGGCGAAGAAGAAGGGUCGGCGCUGA